AUGGAAGAACAAUAUCAACUAGGAAGAUCCUUUUUUCCAUAUGUCAUAGUUGGUGAUGAAGGAUUUACUUUAUCAGAAAAAGUAAUGAUGCCCUAUCCAAAGGACACAUGCUCAAAUAGGUUAGACAGAAGAAUAUUUAACUACAGAUUGAGUAGAGCUCGUCGAUGCUCUGAAAAUGCCUUUGGAGUUAUGGGUGCUCGAUUUCAGAUUUUUAGAGCACCCAUGAGAUAUGACCCUGAUGAUGCUCGAAAUUUAGUUAUGGCUGUUGUUUGUCUCCACAAUUACCUGAGGACUCAUGUGACCACUUUAAAUCCCUCACAUGCUUUAAUCACCGACAAUCACCGACAAUUCGAUACCUUAGACUAA